AUGCUUUCACGUCAUUUAUCAAGGUGCUGUAGCAAAAGAUCUACUCAGAAUCUAUAUCUUGCUAUAAGAUCUCAAACAAGAUCAAUUUCGAAGAUAAAUCAUCAUAAUGCUGCUCAAGCUACUUCUGCGUCCAGACCCCAACCAUCACCUGCUUUCAAUAUAACUGAUGCUGAGUCACCCUCUCUGCCACAACCAAAGAGCCUCUCAAAAGAACAACGUCAUGAAAGGAGAGAGCAAGCUAUGGAUGAUUCCUUUAUUGGAUUGACUGGUGGUGAAAUUUUCCAUGAAAUGAUGUUGAGGCAUAAUGUUGAUACCGUUUUUGGCUACGCUGGUGGUGCUAUUUUGCCAGUUUUUGACGCUAUUUACGAUUCAGACAAGUUCAAGUUUGUUUUGCCAAGACACGAGCAAGGUGCUGGUCACAUGGCUGAAGGUUAUGCUAGGGCCAGUGGGAAACCAGGUGUUGUUUUGGUCACUUCUGGUCCAGGUGCAACCAAUGUUAUUACCCCGAUGGCUGAUGCAUUGAUGGAUGGUGUUCCAUUGAUUGUGUUUACUGGUCAAGUGCCAACAAGUGCUAUCGGUACUGAUGCUUUUCAAGAAGCUGAUGUUGUUGGUAUCUCGAGAUCCUGUACCAAGUGGAAUGUUAUGGUUAAAAAUGUAGCAGAAUUACCAAGAAGAAUUAACGAAGCAUUUGAGAUUGCCACUACUGGAAGACCGGGCCCAGUUUUAGUUGAUUUGCCAAAAGAUGUCACGGCGUCAAUUUUGAGAGAAUCUAUUCCUAUAAAUACUACAUUGCCAUCGAAUGCAUUGAGUACAAUAACUAAAAAGGCAGUUUCACAAUUCACCACUGAAGCUAUUAAAAGAUCGGCUGAUAUCUUGAAUAAAGCAAAGAAGCCAAUCAUUUAUUGUGGUGGUGGUAUUUUGAAUCAUGAAGAUGGUUCGAAAUUACUUAAAGAGUUGGCCGAUAAAGCUAAUAUCCCAGUCACUACCACCCUACAAGGCUUGGGUGCUUUUGAUCAAAGAGAUCCAAAAUCGUUGGAUAUGUUGGGAAUGCACGGAUCAGCUGCAGCAAACACCGCUAUGCAAAAUGCCGAUUGUAUCAUUGCCCUUGGUGCCAGAUUUGAUGACAGAGUUACUGGUAACAUUUCCAAGUUUGCACCUGAAGCAAAAUUAGCUGCUGCUGAAAACAGAGGAGGUAUCUUGCAUUUUGAAAUUUCACCAAAAAAUAUCAACAAGGUUGUUGAAGCUACUGAAGCAGUUGAGGGUGAUGUCACCGCCAACUUGCGUAAAUUUAUUCCCCUUGUAAAUCAAAUUGAGUCAAGACCAGAAUGGUUUGCAAAGAUUAACGAAUGGAAGGAGAAAUAUCCAUAUGCAUACCAAGUGGAAACACCUGGCUCUAAGAUUAAGCCACAAACAUUGAUCAAAGAGAUUUCCGAACAAUCAAUGAAUUACGACAAAGAUGUGUACGUCACCACCGGUGUUGGUCAACAUCAAAUGUGGGCAGCACAACAUUGGACUUGGACCAAGCCUAGAACCAUGAUCACAUCAGGUGGUUUGGGAACCAUGGGUUAUGGUUUACCUGCGGCCAUUGGAGCUCAAGUUGCGAAACCAGAUGCCAUUGUUAUCGAUAUUGACGGUGAUGCCUCAUUUAAUAUGACCUUGACUGAAUUGUCAUCGGCUGUACAGGCCGGUGCACCAAUCAAGGUUUGUGUUUUGAAUAAUGAGGAACAAGGUAUGGUUACACAAUGGCAAUCUUUGUUUUAUGAACACAGGUAUUCUCACACGCAUCAAGCAAACCCUGAUUUCAUGAAAUUGGCAGAUGCCAUGGGUGUUAAAGGUAUUAGAAUCUCAACGCAGGAGGAGUUGAAGCUGGGUGUAAAAGAAUUUUUGGACUGUCAAGAACCAGUUUUGUUGGAGGUUAUGGUUGAAAAGAAGGUUCCUGUUUUGCCUAUGGUUCCAGGAGGUAACGCUUUGGAUGAUUUUAUCUUGUGGGAUUCCGAGACUGAGAAACAACAAAAUGCAUUGAGGAAGCAAAGAACGGGUGGUAUGUAUUAA